AGUAUUAUAUAUUAAUUACCAAUUUAUCACUAAUGUGUUGCCAUAAUUAUAAGCUGGCGCAACACUGCUACUAAUUUACUAGGGUGUGACGAUCGCGCGUCUUGUACAUUUCUUUGAAUUUCGCAAUGUAAUGGGCUACUUAAGGAUUAGAUCUGUGUUAUAAUACCUGUAAUAUAUGUGUCAACAUCAUUAUAUUGUAUACUUCUCUAGCUGUACGCGGGAUUACGUUAUCAUAACUUCGGUUUAUUUCCUUUGGUUCUGCCAUGGAGGAUACUGAGCGUUGUUUAUUUUCGGGGGUUUCAGACACUAUGGAUUGUUUGUUUCGUAGUUGUGUGCCUCGAGCUGAGAGUGACGAGGCUCCUUGCAAUCCAUCGAAUGCCAAGGACGACGAUUACCGCAAAGAGGAGCUGAAGCAGCUGGUUGGCAUAUUUGCUUCUCGAGCUCAAAAAUUCUUAAAUUGCACUCGAAUAUUGCUUGAAACAGAGGAAUUCAAGAAAGCUCGUUAUCGUUUGGACUGCAACCUUCGGACUUUAACCGUUGAAGGUGAACACGUUCCGUUGGAAAUUCAUUUAUCUGAUGUAAAGGCAGUUUAUGGUUUCGAAGACCUACAGUUGUUAGAUGCUUAUGAUUCUUUUUUGCGCAGCAACAUAAUACAGAAGCUAUCCCAAGAUGAUCGUGACCGUCUUGCGAUUGUUGAGUAUAAGAAAGGUUCUGCUGAUUGUCAGUUGAUUUUGCUUGAGCAGGAGAUUGAAACAAGUGAUCCACUGAUUACAGUUCUCCGUAUCCUUCAGAUGCAUGCUAUGAAGCAUGGUUCAUCGGCGUGAGAUGCGACUGAAUUCGUUGCCCGGUUUUAUCAUCGGUUUUUUUAAAAUACCACAUGUGUCAUUAUCGUUAUAUAUUAUCUCAAUGCUAUUGUUGCCCUCGUUUUUUAUAUGAUCAUAGCAUGAAAUUAGUAAAGAUCAUUACUUCUGCAAUUAUUUGUUUCAACUAUCGCUUCACUUUAGAUGCUGAUAACAAUUCUUCUAAAGAGUCUAAACGCUGUACAAUUCUACCUCUAUCUGG